UGUGUUCUUAUGAUUAAUUUAUUUCUUGAGAAACUCCUAUACUGAGUUUCGCAGCUUAGAUUCUUAUUCUGUUGCGUUGUUCUCCCUGCAGGGGCUAUGUCUUUGCCGUCAGUGUGCACAGAGUUCAACUUCUUCUUCAGGUACUAAGUGUUAAGCGUUUUCAUCACCAACAGCAGCAACAGCAGCAGCCAAACUCUGCUACAUCCCAGGAAGAACUCACUCAACCCGAGAUCAGCGAGAUCUGUGACUAUUUCAGUCGUCGUGUCGCGUCUGAGCCAUAUGAUGCUUCCCGUGUUGCAUCAUUCAUCACCCUCCUCACACUCCCUAUAUCAGUCCUGAGAGAAUUCCUGAAGCUAAUCGCAUGGAAGAAAGGACUUGUACAGGCGGCUCAAGGUGGUGGAGAAAUGGCUCCUGUACAGAAACCCCGUAUCGAGCUAUGCCUUGAGAAUCACAAUGCCAGAGGAAAUCAAGACGAUAAUAGUUCGUCAGUAGCCAAGAGCAAUAUCCACUACAAUCGGCCGCAUAAUUCGGUUGAUUUCGCACUCACCGUGGUCCUCGACCCAGCUCAUGUGCCUCACAUCAAUGCAGCUGGCGGUGCAGCUUGGCUGCCCUACUGCGUCUCAGUGAGAUUGCGGUACUCAUUUUUGGAUAAUCCGAAUGUCUCUUUCCUCGGGAUGGAAGGAAGCCAUGGAGGGCGAGCUUGCUGGUUGAAAGGUGACGAAUGGGAGAAGUGUAAGCAGCGGGUUGCAAGGACGGUGGAAGUGAGUGGUGGUUCUUCAGGAGGGGAACGUGAUCUCAGUCAGGGAAGGUUGAGAAUAGUAGCAGACAAUGUGCAGAAGACGUUGCAUUUGUGUCUGCAGGGAUUGAGAGACGGCGGCAACGGUGGAGUUACUUCGAGCCCUGGGCUGACAUGAGCGACUCUGAUGCUUCGAGACAUUUAAGACGUGGUUGUGAUUGUUGGGUCUUUCCCGUGGGAUCAUCGUCUCAUGCAAUUUUGUCGACCGACUUACCGAGCAGAAACACAACUGGAGCUAUGAGGAUGAAGACUUGGACAUUUGAAUGGAUAGGGUGGUGGGUUCCUUCCGUGAAGUAGAUUUUUUUUUUUUUUUUUCUGGGGCAUCUACAUAAUCUUUUAGCAGGUAUCUGAAAAAGUCGUAGUCGGGUUGAAAGGUUGCCAUUCGAGCAUCUUGUCUUGCAGCAAAGUCGGGUCCCUUGUACAGAAAUGAUACGCAGUUUGGAUGAUUAAUUUGUAAAAAAGAAGUAACGGUGGAAAAUUGUAUGAUUGGAGUUUGUAUAAUUUUUUCUGGACUUCUUCCAGUACUAGUUUGGAUGAUUAAUUGAAUCAUUAAUUCUACAACUAUAUUAUGAACGCUGAUCGCUGCCAAGAUGAAGAGAACUCAAGAAAAUACAACAUUAGUGCUGAUUGCUGCCCAUGAUAAUAGCCAAAGGAACCGUCAUCUCUACCGCAAUUCUGAGUCUCCGGUUUGCCCAAUAUGAGUAGUGUUGAUUGCUGCAGAUUAAGAUGGUGAAUGCUCAAGUAAAUCCAAAACAUGGGA